CAGGAAUUGCGGUCAAAGCUAACGAUCAUACCUCAAGACCCGGUGCUCUUCGCGGGAACCAUUCGAUCGAAUUUGGAUCCGUUUGACAAGUAUUCAGACGACAGGGUGUGGAAAGCCAUACAACAGUCACAUCUCUACGACUUUGUCAACAGUACUGAUGCAGGCAUUCAUUAUAAGGUCUCUGAGGGCGGAGAGAAUCUCAGUGUGGGUCAGAGACAGUUGAUGUGUUUGGCGAGAGCUCUGCUCCGCAACACAAAUAUCCUGAUCUUAGACGAGGCGACGGCUGCGGUGGACGUCGAGACCGAUGCUCUCAUUCAGACGACCAUCAGAUCGGAGUUCACUCGAUGUACGAUACUUACGAUCGCUCACAGACUCAACACUAUUAUGGACUCCGACAGAGUACUAGUGCUCGACUACGGACGGGUAGCCGAGUUUGACUCACCCCAGGCUCUCCUCCAAAAUGAGAGGUCUAUCUUCCACUCACUCGCAAAAGACGCCGGACUCGCGUAACACCUGAACAUACAUCACAUGUCAUUCAUAUACAUUAUACCUCCCUUUCCCCAAUCACCACAUUACAUAUCCCAUUUCAUGC